AUGGUGAAGGACUCCAGGGCCCAGGGAGACUGCGAUGGUGCCCGCCGGGGGACAGGCCCCAUCCUGCAUCCUGUCCUGAUGGGCCUUGCAGGACAGGGCCGCCAGCUUCCUCAGUGUGCCGUUGGUAUCGUUUUCCAUGUGCUCGGACACCAGGAGAACGUUUUCGAUUGUCAGCUCAGGCAGCAGCAGGUGGAUGAACCCACCGGGCGUGCAGCUGAGCGUGUGCUGGACCUGGCCCCACGGAGCCCCCGGCUUUGGAAGGUCACUGAUGAGACGGAACAAACCCCCCCGGCGCGCUCCGAGUAUCUGGUCUCAGGGACUCGAACUCCACCCGCGAGGAGGAGCAGCAAACUGGCCACCCUGGGCAGGAUCUUCAAACCCUGGAAGUGGCGGAAAAAGAAAAAUGAGAAACUGAAGCAGACGACGUCGGCCUUGGAGAAGAAGAUGGCCGGCAGGCAGGGGCGGGACGACCUCAUCAAGAAGGGGCUGCUGGAGAUGAUGGAGCAGGACGCUGAGAGCAAAGCAGGCAGCCCUGAUGGAGGUACCCGAGCUGCACAGAGCGAACCUUCCACGCCCAGGCAGGAGCCCCUGACUUCAGAGGAAGCCCAGCCGGGAAGCCCUUCAGCCGCUGGGACAGACCAGGCUUCCCCGGAUGAACCGCUGUCCUCGGAAACCCAUUCGGAUGAUGCAGCCAAGACGUCAUCAGCAUCCAGAGGUGACGAAGCAGAUGCCGCCGGCAGCCGCCCACUGGCCACGGACGAGCCAUCUCAAGCCUUAGCGGGGCCCGAUGCCCUGGACAGUCCUCCCAGACCCCUGGACAGAUCCGUGGGCCAGCUUCCCAGCCCUCCGCUGCUGCCCACCCCGCCGCCCAAGGCAGGCUCCACAGCCUCAAGAAGCACCCCAGGCCAGGCCACGCUCUUCCAAGGCUCUGGCGGGAAGAAUACUGACCCUCUGCUCCGAGGACAGCUUUCCACGCCCACGGGGUCUCCGCAUCUCCCCACCGUCCACCGGCCGCUGCCCCCCAGCCGCGUGAUCGAGGAGCUGCAUAGGGCGCUGGCCACCAAGCACCGCCAGGACAGUUUCCAAGGAAGGGACAGUAAAGGGUCCCCGAAGAAGCGUGUGGAUGUCCGGCUGUCCAGGACGUCCAGUGUGGAGCGGGGCAAGGAGCGGGAGGAGGCUUGGAGCUUUGAUGGGGCCUCCGACGUCAAGCGGGCCGCCGCCAAGGAGUCCGAGGAGAACAAGGAGAACUUGCUGAUGAAUUCCGAGCUCAAAGACGACCUGCUUUUGUAUCAGGACGAAGAGGCGCUGAACGACUCCAUCGUCUCCGGAACCCUGCCGAGGAAAUGCAAGAAGGAGCUGUUGGCAGUGAAGCUGAGGAACCGGCCCAGCAAGCAGGAACUAGAAGACAGAAACAUCUUCCCCAGGAGGACGGACGAGGAGAGGCAGGAAAUCCGGCAGCAGAUUGAACUGAAGCUCUCCAAACGGCUGAGCCAAAGACCCGCCGUGGAGGAACUGGAGAGAAGAAACAUCCUGAAACAAAGGAAUGAUCAGACGGAGCAGGAAGAAAGAAGAGAAAUCAAGCAAAGAUUGACAAGAAAGCUUAAUCAGAGACCCACGGUUGAUGAACUGAGAGACAGAAAAAUUCUGAUACGAUUCAGUGAUUACGUGGAGGUGGCAAAGGCACAAGACUAUGACAGACGGGCCGACAAGCCCUGGACGAGACUGUCGGCAGCAGACAAGGCAGCGAUUCGUAAAGAACUGAAUGAAUACAAAAGCAAUGAAAUGGAAGUACACGCAUCAAGCAAGCACCUGACAAGAUUCCACAGGCCAUAGAGAUUUUCUUCUGAGAAGAAUUGUGUUUAAUUUUUGAUACCAACACUGAACAUUCAUCAGGGAACUUUCCUGACGCUCAUGACCACCUGCUGUGUUUGCGAAGGAGCAGGACCACAGGCAGGUGAAAUGUGGGUCGCUCUCACCUGUAAGAGGAGGAAGCGGGGGACGGCCUCCACUCUCUGGUGUCUGAGGAGUGUGAACAGUUGGGGUCGAUACAGACCCCAGGAACUCUCCCAGAAGAAAACUCAGUUUUGCUUUGCAGCUCUGCGGUGCGGAGGAGGACGCGGUGUGCAUGUGCAGGUCACCGCCGAGGCUCUGAGUGCCGGACGAGUGACGCAGCGUCGUCAGUACCAUGUGGCCGAGACGUUUUUAUUCUGAUCACGAUUAAUUUGAGACUCUUUAAGUUCCUGUUAUACAAAAUGAUUUACUGUAUUAUACUUUUUCUUUUUUUUAUAUAAUGUCUAACAAAAAUACAGCUGCGACAUUUUGAUUCCUGUUAAUUUUGUUCUUUCAUUAAAUGACUACUUAUUGCAGGAAAUUAAUCUGGCCAGUACAGUUUCUUGGGGUUGGGGUGUGAGAUGUUUUUAGUACAGGGGUCUGUGAAACAAGUCCAAUUUUAUUACUUUUGAGCCAUCAGAACAGCCACAUCAAAGAGCAUUCAAACGUUUUGUGUAUUUUGUUUUGUAAAUUCUGUUAGUAUAUGUGAUU